UAGCAGAUUAGAAAUGUUGGUGCAGAUUACUUUAUAACCCAGAUUGAGGGGAGAGGAGAGGGAUUCUUCGGCAGGAUUUUGGCGGUGAAGGACUGCUACCUGUGAGCACUCAGAAUGCCGGUCAUAAAUGUGGAGGAGCUGACAGACAAGGACAAGGCUGUGAUGGAAGUUAACCAACUCAAAAAUGAAGUAAAGCUCGAGAGGUGGUUGACAUCUAAAUGCUGUGAGGAAAUCAAGGAGUACAUUCAGGCUGGCGUGGAGGAGGACAUCCUGGUCAAAGGCAUUGCAGAGGACAAGAACCCCUUCAAGGAGAAAGGUGGCUGUGUGAUCUGCUGAAAUGAACCCGAGGAGCUUUUUCCUAUCCCAGAUUAGUACCCAAGGACAUUCUCCCUCCCCGUGUAAAGUGGAUUUGCAGACUGAGAAGACUAGAAGGACACGAUAACGACAUAAGUUAUACGACUGCACGAGCUACCCUGUAAAUGAAUCCAAUACUUCUUUGGGAGCAGAUUUGUAGCCUUAUAAUGUCAUCAUAUGAACAGAUAAAGACAAUGAAUAAGAGUUUUUGUUCUGCAUGUGUUCUAAAGAUUCCUCCCUCUCACGUGACAUAUAUAGUCUGAGUAAACGGGCCUGUGUGUUGUUUCGUACACUGAAGCAGCUGUCAUUAAACGUGCAUGUUGAUAACUCA